CGGGCGCGCAACAUGGCGGGAUCCAUGCGCGGGUCGGGCUCGGGGGCCCUGGAUCUGCUCCGGGCUCUGCCCCGCGUGAGCCUCGCCAACUUGAAGCCCAACCCGGGCUCCAGGAAACCGGAAAGGCGUCCCAGAGGUCGGAGGCGAGGUCGAAAAUGUGGCCGAGGCCAUAAGGGAGAGCGGCAGAGAGGGACCCGGCCCAGACUUGGCUUUGAAGGCGGCCAAACUCCUUUUUACAUCCGAAUCCCCAAGUACGGAUUCAAUGAAGGCCAUAGCUUCAGACGCCAGUAUCAGCCUCUGAGCCUCAAUAGACUCCAGUAUCUCAUUGAUCUGGGUCGUGUUGAUCCUACUCAGCCUAUUGACUUAACCCAGCUGGUGAAUGGGAGAGGCGUGACCAUUCAGCCUUUCAAGAGGGAUUAUGGUGUCCAGCUAGUAGAAGAGGGUGCUGACAGCUUUACGGCCAAGGUCAACAUCGAGGUGCAGCUGGCCUCGGAGCUCGCCAUUGCUGCCAUCGAGAAGAAUGGGGGCGUCGUCACCACGGCCUUCUACGACCCUCGGAGCCUCGAAAUUCUGUGCAAGCCUGUGCCAUUCUUCCUGCGUGGACAGCCCAUUCCCAAACGGAUGCUGCCCCCCGAAACCCUGGUCCCAUAUUAUACCGAUGCCAAGAAUAGGGGCUACCUGGCGGAUCCUGCCAACUUUCCCGAAGCAAGACUCGAACUCGCCAGGAAGUAUGGUUAUGUUUUACCCGACAUCACAAAAGAUGAACUCUUCAAGAUGCUUAGCACGCGGAAGGACCCCCGGCAGAUUUUCUUCGGUCUUGCUCCUGGCUGGGUGGUGAAUAUGGCAGAUAAGAAAAUCCUAAAACCUACAGACGAGAAGCUCAUCAAGUACUACAGCUCAUGAAUCCCCUUCUGGGAGAGCCCCGUUGAUAGCG